ACAGCCUGUGUCUCCCUCUUGCAGGGGAGGGGCGCUGCUUCCAGCCCUGAGCGGGCCCGGCUACCACAUCAUGCUCCCCUUCAUCACCACCUACAGGGCCGUGCAGACCACGUUGCAUACUGACGAGGUGAAAAACAUACCUUGUGGGACAAGCGGUGGCGUCAUGAUCUACAUUGAUCGGAUAGAGGUGGUGAACAUGCUGGCUGCGCAUGCAGUUUACGACAUUGUGAGGAACUACACGGCGGAUUAUGACAAGGCCCUCAUCUUCAACAAAAUCCACCACGAGCUCAAUCAGUUCUGUAGCGUCCACACUCUCCAGGAGGUCUACAUUGAACUCUUUGAUCAAAUAGACGAGAACCUGAAGCUGGCACUGCAGCAGGACCUGAAUCAGAUGGCCCCAGGUCUCACCAUCCAGGCCGUCCGUGUGACCAAGCCCAAAAUCCCUGAAGCCAUCCGAAGAAAUUUUGAGCUUGUGGAAGCAGAGAAAACCAAGCUUCUGAUAGCUGCUCAGAAGCAGAAGGUGGUGGAGAAGGAAGCUGAAACGGAACGGAGGAAAGCCAUCAUAGAAGCAGAGAAGGUGGCUCAGGUGGCCAAGAUUCAGUAUCAGCAGAAGAUGAUGAAGACAUUGACAGAGAAGCGAAUUUCUGAGCUUGAAGAUGCCGCAUUCCUGGCAAGAGAGAAGGCGAAAGCAGAUGCCGAAUUCUACACUGCACAGAAAGCAGCCGACUCAAACAAGCUGAGACUGACGCCAGCCUACCUGGAGCUGAUGAAGCACUGGGCCAUUGCCACCAACCGCAAGGUCUACUUUGGGGGCAGCCUUCCCAGCCACCUUUCCCUGGGCUCCUGCGCCUUCCAGCACAUGGCGGCGGCAGAAGCUGUGAGGGAAGCUCCCCUCCUCUCAAAAACGGGGAAACUCCACCUCCGGCCCCAAGCGAGCGCCACGUGACGCGCUCAUGCUGAGAAGGGACAGACACCACAGCAGCAGCUCUGCGCUUGCCUUUCUCGUUCACCCUCUGGUUCCAAACCAGGGCUGUCUUUGCCUCAUAUGGCCUUAACUCAAGAGCAGAAAAAGGGAGUCAGCCACUUUA